AUGGCGGCUGGGCCGGGCUCCGCCCAGCCCAUUGCCGCAAGCCCUCGCGACUACCAUCCAAGCACUGCACCUGAGGCUCCUGCCACACACAGCAUCCCCACCCCUGUGCCUGUCCCGGAUCGGGGCUCCGCCCCGGCCCCUGCGAUCGAGGGUGACGCGCCCCCUCGCUCGCCCCGCACCGACCCUGGCGGCCGGCUGGUGUGGGCCAAGGUCGGAGCGUACCCCUGGUGGCCGGCAAAGGUGCUGACGCGGGGCAGGGACCUGUCGUUCCCUCCGAGCGAGGAGCCGCCACGCCCUAACGCCGUGCCCGUGCGCUUCUUCGGCACCCAUGACUUCUCGUGGAUCGGGAGCAAGCGUGCCAUCAUGGACUGGGAGGAGGGGCGGGAGCAGUGCCUGGCAGAGUGCUCCCAGGAGUCGUUCCUGGAGUCUGUCCAGGAGACGAUGGCGUACCAGCGCACAGGCAUGCUGCCGGACGCAUUCUACGAGGCGCCCGCGAGUACGGGGGGCAGGUCCAAGCAGAAGACGGGCAAAGCGAGGAAGUCGGAGGCGGACAAGGGACACCGAGCGGCGCUUGCCGGGGCUUCUGGGCAAGGGACCGGAGGGCUGAUCGAGUUGUCUCCUCAGGACAGGCAGCUGCUGGUGUCCACGCGGCGCAAGCAACGGCUGCAGGUCGGUGCUCACGCCAUUGGGCGAUGCCGUGGGUGA